AUGAAAGUGGAGACUUUACCUUCAUUCCUAGAGCUAUGGAGGUCUGUUUAUAACACACAAACAGACUCUAAUACCUCAGGAGAUUACAAUCAGAAGGUACUGGUCAAUCAUGGACAUGUAAGAACUGAAUAUGAUCAAUCGGCCGAAGCUCACGCAAUACAUAUUAAGAGUGAUCAAAUUCCAAGCAACUCUUAUAUUUCGGGGCCUCAAAUUCAGGCCAUAAAAUCGAAUUGCAAGUCAGGAUACGAAGUAUUUGGAAAUGAAAUAUAUUCAACGCAGUAUAAUAUAGAACAAGUGGUUCAUCAGCCGAAGUUAGGAUCCAUCAACUCAGAAUCGUCUUCGGAAAGAAAGCUAUGCAAGAUUCCCAAAAGGAAAAAAAAGAACACUCUAAAGCCUAUAGAGAAGCAAAGCCUAAUUUCACAACACGACAGCAAAACAGAUCCAGCUGCAGAACAUUUAUAUUACGGACAUGAAUUACGGGCUGUAUACCAACAGUUUAGUGGCCCUGGGACAAAACUGUACUCUGUAUCACCAGUACCUUCGAAUGACAAUGAACUGAAUUCAAAUCAUUAUGUUAUUGCAGUGCCUUUUGUUUCAAUGCCAUAUCCACCGAAUCAGAAAAAAUCACAGAGAUCAAGAAAUGGAUGUAUAACUUGUCGUCGAAGAAAGGUAAAAUGUGACGAAAGAAGACCAGGAGGGUGCUUUAAUUGUGAGAGGAUGAAAAUACAGUGUGAAGGGUACAGGCCGUUUAUUCCUAGAAAGAGAAAGAAAGAAAAACCUUAA